AAUUAGCACUAUUCAAAUCAGCUGCUGGUUUUCUGCAGCAAAAGAUUUACAAGAUUUCUGAUUUUCCGUUUUCUGACUUCUACCACCCGUGAUUAAUAUGCCAAACCGAUUUUGGAAGGUCUUAAAGGAAUGUUCUUUACCGAAGGAUCUGGAUUAUCCUGCCUGGCAUGCCGUUCAUCAGCAUCCCGUUGUACGGCAGUACUCGCAGUUAUGCUCACCUUGCAUGGACAACGCUUCAACGAAGACGAACGAUUCCGAAGUCGAUAUUAUCCUUCACGAAGUUCUAGCGGAUUAUAGUGCAAAUCACAUCAUUCCCAGAAUUCUUUUGGAAUCGCAUAUUUCGGAAAUGGAAGCAUUUUUGGAGUGUGUUUUGGAAUGGGAUACGUGUGACCACGCUUCCGAAAAACUGAAAAGCGUGUUCCGUGUUGCUGUUGCAAAUUGCCUGCAAGUACUCAAGCAGAACCUGGAAACUAUGAAAGAUCCAACAUUGCCUUCGGCAGCAUUUAAACGGAGUAUCGAUAAGUCAAAAACCGAACUGGCAUUUAUCCCAACUAAUUUGCAUUUACAGUCGUUUAUGGUCUCUCAAUCCUCCCAGACAAGUGAGGAAAGAAAAGAGAUUUGUUUGGCCCGCCACGAUGUUGUCACAGUUGGAGCGUUUACGGUUCAGUUUCUUAUGCACGAUCUGCAUGGGCUGUGCGCCUUGUGGUCACGUUUUACCCCGAUGCAGUCUGGGUCUUGUUGUGCAUCAAAUAGUGAAGCUGUUCCAGAGGAUCGUAGUCUACAUUGUGACCCAGCCUGUUUGAAUUACCCGCCAGCAUUAUCUCUUCUACGAACCGCGAUUCGUCUGGCUCAUCGGAUUAGAUGUUCUCAUAUGAUGUCGCAAUCGGAAGAACCAGCCGACAUGAAUUACUUGGCCUGGGAAAUUGAGCGUCUGCGUCAUUUUUGGAUUGAAUUAGGGUCUCAGACAGUUCCUGAUGACUUGGGUGGCUGGGAAAUGCUUCAUUGUCCUUCUUUGACAGUAGCCGGUUUAUAUCGCACAUUGGGAGACGUCGUGGUAUCUGCGUACAUUGAUCUGGACAUUACUCAUGCAUUACAGUUAGUUCUUCGGGAACACUGUGUAUAUUCCCAGUUGUUAACCGCUGUUGUGUCGGGCAUCUUGUCCAAGAUAUGCGUGAAUCACCUAGAUUUUUCACGAGAAUUCGGAUUUUCUGGCGGUGUAUGGAACAUUCUGUUGUACUUUGAAUCGUUGUUGUCUUGUUGGGACGAUGAAAAAAUCAUGGUGGAAGACGUUAUCGGCGCAAUCGUAUUGCUUAGCAAAACGGAGUUCGUGAUUCCGAUAUCCAGUUCGGAAGGGAUCUUGAGAUUGGACCAAAUACAAAUGCUGAAUGAAAGGAAGAACGAUAACCUGGACUUCGUGUACUCCAGAAUCAUGUUGCCAUCUCUUCCUCAAAGCAGAUUAAGGAAACCGGUUUCUGAAAACACCAUAGUUGUACGGCCGUACCCAGUUUUUCUCAACGUAGGAAUCAACGAAAAAGCAACGAUAGCAGAAAACAUGGAAUGUGCGAUUGGCCUUCAAAAACUCAACAAUCGAUUUUAUUCUCAAAAGUUGUUGGACUACAUUGCAACUUACUCCCGCGCAGAAUUAACGGAACCGGAAAUCAGCCAGUUUACAACAGCUGUGCGAUCAGAAGCUCCGAAAAAUACGACUUUAUUGCAAAGUGCAGAAAAACUUGUACGCCAUUUAGGUGGCAUCCGAUUUACAAUGUGUAAAAGCGCAAAAGAUAGAACAGCUAUGGCCGUUACACUGGAAGAGCUAACGGUGGUCACUCAGUACGCAUCGCUCACUCCGGAUUCUCAAACUGAACUCCUGGAGGAAAUGAGAAAAAACGGGACUAGACGGGAAAAUACCAUACAGAAUAUUGGCUAUCCAAAGUAUGCAUUUACAGAUGAUCAGAUGGAACACUUUCCUCCUGAUUACCGAGCACCCGCUGGAACUUUCGGCAAAGCGGAAACGUAGAUAUAAACUGUAAAGGAAGGUGGUUAACAAUUAGUGACUGUCCUCUUUCGUCCCAGCUUGUGCUUUUUUCUAGUCUUUCUGCGCUAACCGAUCCGCUGUUCUGUCUUUCGGAGUUUAUCACAGAUCCACUAUUCAUAGUUAACAGCACGGAAACGUUCUGAAAACAUCGUUCAACCGUAAUACAGAAAACCAGAUGCAAAUAAAGAAAAAUUACC